AUGAUGGAUCUCACAAAUGAAGACCAAGUUCAUUUAUCAGGCAGUGGCAAAGAGGCUUCAGGGGAUUCUUACCUUCAAGCAAUUGAAGAAAUGGAGGCAUUUUAUCAAUACCUCAAUGAGAAAUAUAAGGCAGGAACUCCAGCUGCACCAGAGCCAGAGCUCUAUGUACCUUUGACUGACCAUGAUGAGAACAGCCAAAAGGAGUCAAUCCAGAACCAGGUGAUGUAUCCUUUGAAGCCCACAAUGAUGAUUUCUACACGUUCUAACAUCCCUGGACAGUUCUUAUCCUGAACUAAGAUCACUCCAUGUUAGAGCCCUUGGUUUGCCCUUGGAAACAUAAGCAAGACCCUUUUUGACCCCAAGGUGACCUCUUUUGAUGAGAGCAAACCCACAGUAACAUCCCAGAUGACAGAUGUUACUGACACCCCAAACAAUCCCACAGCUGAAGAUCUAGUUCGGUUAUCAGGCAACAGCAAAGAGGCUUCCAUGACUUCUUUCUUUCUGACACUUGAGGACAUUGAUGAGUUUCUCCAGGACAUCAAUGAGAUACAUGAGGCAAGAACCCCCGCUGCACCAGAGUCAGAGCUCUAUGUACCUCUGACUGCCCGUGAUGAGGACAGCCAAAAGGAGUCAAUGCAGAACCAGGUGACCUCCUUUGAUGAGAGAAACCCUGCAGCAGCAUCCCAGUUGAUGGAUGUCACUGACACCACAAAGGCGUUCAUCACUGAUUGUAAAGUGACACCCGUUAAUGCAAACAAGAUGACAAUCCCCAAUAAGGGUAGCCAGAUGAAGAUCCUCGAUGAUGACCAGAGCCUCAGUGGAGGCCAGAUGACCUUUGGUGGGGACCAGACCCUCUAUGAGGGUCAGAUGAAGAACCCCAGUGAAUGCCAGAUUCUCAGUGGAGCCCAGAUGACCUUCCCUUGGGACCAGGCUGUCUCUGGAAGUCAGAUGAAAACCAUCCAUGUAUACCAGACCCACAAUGGAGGCCAGAUGAGCUUCAGUGGGGACCAAACCCUCUAUAGGCGUCCAAUGAAGAUACUCAAUGAUGAGAACACUCCCCAUGAAGUCCAUAUGGUGCCACAUUCCUCAUCAUCAUUGCCAUAUCCUAGAUUUCUGUACAUUUCUAGUUCCUAUUUGAUCCAAGGACAACCCCUAGAAAAGCAGAAGUGGAAUCUCAAGAUUCAGAGAUGUUCGUUGCAGAAGAAUUCUGACAUUUUGAAACCCUACAUCUGUACAUACCAGGGCUGUGGGAAAUCGUAUUCAAAAUCUUCCCACCUGCGAAUCCAUGAGCGCCUACACACUGGAGAGAAGCCCUACAAAUGCAACGCGAAGGGAUGCACAUGGGCAUUCUCCCGUUCGGAUGAGCUCAACAGACACGUGAGGAAGCACACCAGGGAGAGGCCCUACCAGUGUACUAAAUGCGACAGGAACUUUUCACGAUCAGAUCACUUAAAGCAGCAUCAGAGAGUCCACAGAUAA